AUGAGAACAAACACUGAGCCACCUCCCCAAGACAGGCCACAAGCAACAUUCAGAGGCCUCCAGGGCCCCCUCCUGGAUAAACCAAUCCCACUGACCCCCACCAUCAAGGUGGAAAAGGGGGGGUCUUCUGUCUGGAAUUCUCAGGAGCAAAAGCCAGGCUCAUCCAGCUUAGAGGUCCAGGCACGUGUGGAGUCCUGCCAUUCAGCAAUCAUUCAGAAGCCCCUAAAGAUUGACUGUAGUACCUUGGAAACACCCCAAAGUGCUGAGAGCUUCAAGAAGAGCACACAGAACCUCGAGCCAGAGGCAGGCAGUAUCGCUACCCUGUCAAGCAGCGGCUAUGAAGCCGAUGAAGAGAGCAGCAAAGACAACCUGGUUAACAGAAAGCAGACAGUGAGGCCAACUAAGCGACUCACUGUCCGGGUAGAGAGCAGCGAGCUAUUCCCUGUACCUCAUCUCAGCCCAUUCAAGAUCCGAAGGCUGGCCAGGAAAGGCCAGUGCACCCAGAAGUCUGGAGGGGAAAAGUGAGACCAGCCUGCCCGAUGGCAGAGUCAGUAGCCUGAGUAGCAUCGGCUUUCUCAGCCCAGGCAGCAGUUUCCUGUCCUACCAGGUGAGCAGUGGCCUCCUCAGCUCCAGCAGCAGCAACAGCAGCAGCAACAGCAGCAGCAGCAGCAGCAGGCCCUCCAGCAAGGCCAAUAGCAUCCAGAACAUUAGGGUGGACUGUAAUGAGCAGAGGGAGCCAAGAAGCAAUACCAACCUCCAGGAGGACAAGGCUAGGGACCCAGUAGAAAGCAGUAGCCAGUCCACCCAGGCUGAGCAGCCCACCCAGGAGCCCAUGCCUUUAUGAGGAGAUUUCUCAGCUGCUAGUAUCUAGACACUAGGGCCCAACAAAUGUCGGUUCACCCAGAACGUCCAUUGGAAACAUAAGUAGGAAAAACUGAAGAAGUGGGAGCUGUGUCUUCUAUAGCUAUGACCAUCAACACAUAGGUCACACACAAGACCGUCUGCUGAGAAGUAGGUGAAGGGACCGUCUUAUGGGGAGGUGUUGUGAGAAGAGCUGGAGCAAGAAUCAUCCAUGCCAGUCCAUCUUUAUCAAACCACGCGUGGGAAGAGCAUCAAGCACAGACUAUCUGUAAGAUCCAUCGAAAUUAUCAGCACCAAGAUCAGUAGUGACAAUUGACAACUGUUUUAAGAACCAUUAGAAGGUAGAACCUUCCAUGAUGAGCCCAUUAUAAACAAGGAGCACCAUUUACAACUGUCAUGUGCUCAGAAGAAACAUGUCACCUAUGCUGGGAGUGGCCCAGGUCCAGAAGCAUCUGGAAUAACGACCCUGCAUGGGGAUCUAUAACCAUGGGGUACUCUGUCCCUACUGAGCUCUAUAACAUGUAGGCACUGUCCAUGGAAGCUCCAACCUGGGGAUACUGUACACAAAGAACAUCCAUGACUCCCAAUAGUAUAGCCCAGCCCAUCUUGGGGACCAUCAUAAGCAGCUGGGAGUACCAUUACCCCGGGGGCAAAGUGUUUAGAGAGAACUUCUGAGUGAAGAUAUCAAAGGACUCAAGUGCCCAAAGAACAUCACCCAUGGGAGAGCUGUGCUUCCCUGUCUAAUUCUUUCUGGGCAUCUGUACUCCACAUUCCAUCCAGGAGCAAAGGGUUGGCACACUGUUCCUACCUCCAUGUUGGUCUCAGAAAAGCAGAAAUCAGAAGCCAGGCACAGCCCUUCCCUCAGAUGGUUGGAACCCAGCUCCCUGUGGCAGUACAUCAUGGUAACCGCCACCACAGACUCAGAGACCAGCCUGCAGCAACUGCUGGGGCAGGAACUCUACACCACAGAUGAGUGCUGCAGAAGUGGAUAAGAGGCCUAAGGCACUGGCCCCUUCCCUUCUCAGAACAGUGGAACCCUUCCCCGGCCUAAGCACAUAGAUCCGGGAAACAAGUGGGUGCAUGAAGAGACGAGGCCAGCGGCAGCCAAUGAAAACAUCCACUAGGCACCAGAAGGAAAGUUGAGGGGGCACCAAACACAAUAAAUGGUGUCUGGAGAGGUCA